AUGUCUAUUGCCGACCUCGGGGGCGACCCCUUCUACCUCCGCACCGGACACCAGGGCAUGCACGGCCACGAGUUCCUCGAGUUCGAGUACACCCACGGCCGCUUGCGCUAUGCCAACAACUCGAACUACCGUAACGACUCGCUCAUCCGCAAGGAAGUUUAUGUCGGCCCCGCCGUCGCCGAGGAGCUGAAGCGCAUCGUGCGGGAAAGCGAAGUGACAAAAGAAGACGACGCGACGUGGCCCAAGAAGAACGUUGUGGGACGGCAGGAGCUCGAGAUCAGGAUAGACAAGGACCACAUCUCGUUCGAGACGGCCAAGAUCGGAUCCCUAGCCGACGUCAACGACAGCGCCGACGCCGAGGGCCUGCGCGUGUUCUACUACCUCGUCCAGGACCUCAAGUGCUUCAUCUUCUCCCUCAUCACCCUCCACUUCAAGAUCAAGCCCAUCCAACAAUGAGCGGAUGAGUGUUCUCGCACCGCCCCAGCGACCAGACGCACGCCUGCCAUUGUCCCGUCCCGUCCCCAACGUCUUUGUUGAUUCUCGCGCACUGACCGACCGACGACAGAGUAGAGCCGUAUGCAUGUACCAUGACUCUUU